AUGACACUCCAACUCAACCGCUCCUCACAAGGCUGGAAGUGCGAGCAAUGCGGCCUCCCCGGCGUGCGCGUAUCCACAAGCUCAAGCUCCAAUGAUGCUGGCAGCCACGCAUACUACAAAUGCGUCCCUUGCAACCGUUCCCUGGGCCCUUGCCCCUGCACAACGCCAGGAACCAGAACAACCGUGACAUGUUCAUGCAGUGACAGCGAUUCCCGUGCCGGAUCACCAGGCCUUGACGAAACCCCUCGCGGUCAACCACUCAACCCACACAACCCCAAUUCAGGGUUCGACGAGGACUGGGAGUCAAAUUGCAGUCCCGGUUUCAUGGUCUCGAAGUUUAAGGCUCGCGGCAUGGAAUUGCUUCACUGGCCUUGA